UGCGCCAAGAGACACUUCCCCGAGAAGAUCGAGAAACUUCUGGCGGAGGAGGCCGACAGAUGCGCUAGACGAACACCAUCACCUCGGAAAAAACGCAAUAACUCAACACCAACAAAGAAAAACGCAGCAGAAAAAAAGCAAAUUCUUCAGCAGUUGAUAAGUCCGGCAUCGGGGAACGACCACUCAAAGAAGAUCACGAUGGGGGAACUAAUACAGAUGUCGGAGAAAAGGACUCUGAGCACAGUAGAAAGCGCUCCUGCUUUUGUGGACUACGGUAUAGAAAAUAAAGAGACUUCAUUUGCAAGUGAAGCGUCCACACCCUCAACAUCUCCCUCGAUGAGGCACAUAUCAGAUCCUAAGUUAGAGAAAAAAGUUACCUUCGCUAGAUUACUGAACAAAGUUUCAGCUGAAAUGAGCUCCAGUUCUGAUGUGGACAUGGUAAAUACGAUAGCGAUUCCAAUGGCAGUCAUAGCUGAUAGAGGUAUGAAAGCUAAAGCUUCAAGUACUCCGCCAUCCCCUGGUGUAGAGGUUAGAUCUCCUCAUAGUACGUCGAGCAAUCAAGGCAGUGAUUCCAUGUCCAGUCUUGAUUUGACGUUAGCUCAUGCUGCUUUGAAAAAAUAUUCAAGACAACCAAAAAUAUCCAGUGCUGACUCCAUCCUCGCCAUGUUUCGAAACUUCUCGUCAUCGUCAGCUGCGAUAGUGUCUCGCGCAUCAUCUGGGGGAGUCUCAGCCUCAAGCACGCCUUCAGCAUCAUCACCACAGGAUGACACUGUGGAUGCUGAUGAUAUAUCCCUGGCAUCUUCACACAUACCCUCGCUAGCUCCGGAUUCACCAGUCACUAGGCCACAUAACACCAUUGAAAUACAGGUUCUUGAUCCUUUGAGUGCUCACAAAUCUUCGUCUUCAGGCAGCAACCUUCUACAUCCUCCAUCUAUUUUGCUUGAAGUACCCAGUGGCAUAAAUAAAUGCCUUUCACCUAUUCGAGAACUGCCCACGCCCCUUCCAACUCCACUGCCUACCCCGCUUCCUACCCCUCUCCCUUCACCCCGCAUGCCAAGAGCUAAUAUGGAGCCAGACACGAAGAGCGAAUCGACGGCAACAUGCGUAUCUCCAAGUGAAGAUGAGCUGGACGAGAUAAAGUAUGAGACUAAGCCCGAGAGACCUCUAUCUGGGCUACGACUGAAGCUCCGCCAGCCAGCUAUCUGCAGUGAAACGCCAACACCAUCCACUCACGUAACUGACUCUCCCAGCCCCAGCUUCACUCACAGUCAAGAUUCUGAACGAGAAAUGUCUUCUCCAUCGCCCGCGCCUCCUACCCUCAGAGUCCCGAUUCUCACGAUAGAGCGGCCUUCACCGGGUUCACCUCCUCCCAGGCGCACCCCACCACAUUUAGAAUUUCAACCGCCUCCUCUAAUAACUGUCACGUACAACGCAAGUGAAGAAUCGGACGAACCGAUGUCCCCAAGACCACCGCCACCUAGUGGAAAUAUGUGCUACCUAAGCCCAUUCUCCAUGUCUGCCAGAGGAGAGAGAGCACCGUCAGAAUCAAAUCUAUCCUCGUCUGGAUACAGUUCUAUGGCAAGUCCUGGUCCUUCUCGGUGCGGGUCAAGCAACCCUUUGUGUCCCUCUGAAAUGGAAGAUCCGGGUUCAGGUGGAGGCCCUUCUUGUUUUCAAUCGAGAAGACGACCGCUGAUGAAAACUAACUCCAGUCCUGCUGCUUCGAACGACGACUCCAAUGAAAGGAGACGAGGGAGAUCCGAUUCAGAGACAUUAUCAGACGAUCCGUUACUAGAAUCGAAUGAUGAAGGAAUCGGAACGGAUGAGAGAGUAGAUGAUGUGCCGUCCAGUGCUAAGGAAUUAGAAACGUUGGUCAGUUUGAAAGAAACUUUAGAGGUGCCUCAGACGACGAUAAUUUCGCCUAGCGGAGUGACCAAAUGUUCAAUAGUUAAAUGUAUUAGUGUGGAAAGAGGUUUAGAUGAGAAGGCUUGUUUGAGGCCGCCUACGUUGCUUUCCGACUGCAGUAGACCGUUAAGCCCCGUUAGUUCUAGAAGUGAGAGUCCAUUGAGCGAUAAGACUGGUUUGGGAAGGUUCUCGCCUCAAUUUUACGGUAGACAGCUGCCGUUUACCGACUCUGACGGCUUGUAUGAUUUCCCAAGUUCGGAGUGCGUGAAAGGGAACAACUGUAAGUCGGCGAACAAUACGCAGAAGAAGUCGGGGAGAAAAAGAGACAGAAGAACCACAAGAACUGCGUCUCAUGAAGUCGCGGGAACGACCAAGUCGACGCUGCCGCAUAUGCCGCAUUCUAUGCACAAUUUGCUAGAGGUGCCAGGCUGCCGCGAAGCCACCACUCGCAGCCGCAAGGGCGGGCGGCGUCGCUCGCGCUCGCAGGCGCCCGCCCCCGCCUCGUCAUCGUCAUCCGAAGACUCUGUCUCCAACGCCUCUGUCGCGUCAGUGGCCUCCGCUAGGGAGUUAAGAGUGCCGCCCGAUUUGGAGAUGCAGGAUACGUCGUCGAAAAUAUCUUCGAGUUUGGACCUGACGGAGGACGCGAGAAAACCUGUGAAGAUCAGCAAGUUGAGAACUAUCAGCAAUCAAAUAAGGUUCCUUCGCCGCCUAGAACGCAGUCUCAAGAUGAAGGAGAGCUUCCCAGCCGUCUCAGACGACGAGGGAGACGAAUCCUCCAGCGUCACCUCCCCCCUCCUCCAAGGAAGAAAGGACCUAGGCCGCGUGCCCAGCCACGCCACCUCCGCCCCUAUGCUCAGCUCCAUAAGACCCAAAAUCACGCGCCAACGACGCUACGACCGCUCCCUAGUCAGCGAAGACACCAGAACUCUUAACGCGGCCCCGGGACAGGACAACUCCGAUUGAGUGCUAACUUUAAGAGUAGGCGCACACCGUUGAUUUUUAGUUGGCCGAUAGUUGUGCCCGAUUUCAAAUUGUAUGAAGAAUCGGCCAAAUCGAAUCGGCGUAGUGUGCGCACUCCCAUACAUGCCCAUACUGAUCAACAGCGCGACUAAACUAUCGGCCGACGAAAAAUCAACUGUGUGCGCCUACUCUUAGAGCUUGUAAUUAAACUUAAUUCAACAUACUCUCUGAUACAGGUAAUUUUCUAGCAUGUUUAAUCAUAACCUCUCCCGUGUUCGAUCAUGUUGCGGUUAGUUCACGAAACAAGGCAAACUUGAUAGUGUGCACGUUUUGACAGCUGUCAAGUCAAAAGAAUAUUAUACAAAAUUCUAAUCUAAUGUGAUACGAUACUAUUUUAAGACAUGAAAAGUAGAUUGUCGUAACUUCUAGAAAUGUAAUAGGUAGAAGCAUUCGUUGAACUUUGAUUUCUUUCAGUUUAACUUUUGAUGUCUUGUUAGUAAGGUACGCUUGACGUGUAAAUAGGUACUUCCUGAUAGCAAUAACUCGUUUAUAAAACAUCAGAUCGGUUUACUGUAGGUAUACUAAUGGUAGGAAUUAUUGUAGGACACUAUUUCUUUGUAUCAUGUUCGUUCUCAUUUCAUUAUUUUAUUUUAUACCUUUUUAUACAAGUGUAAUUUUAGUCUACUUACUUCGCUAUAAGUUUUAAUUUCUUUUAUAAUAUAAAACUAUGUAAAUAUGCUUUUUGUAAAUAUAUUAAACGUAUUGCUCAAAUGCAUAUUUUGUGAAAUCGUUUUUUGCGCACUUUUUGCUAUUUUGUAAAUAGUUUAUCAUAUUUAUUGUAAUGUAAAUAACAGGACUCGAGAGAAAAAUCUUCAUUUGGUGAAUACUUUAGAAUAAAAAGUUGUAAAUGUUUAAAUUAUAAGUACUAAAAAUAAGAAAGACCCAAAAAAACGGUAUACUUACCAAAUGCACAAUUACUCUUUAUGUACAAUCAUAGAUAUGUACUAAUAAGGACGCAUUUAAUUAAGAUAUUAUAUUUAUAGUUAGUUAUUUAACUAUAUUUUAUCCUUAACCUGACGCACCAAUAGCUUAGAGUCCGCAAUAUCGUCUAGUUGAUACUUUCUAAUUUAUUCACUUAUAUCAAAGUUUAUUGUCAUUGAGUAAUGUUAUUUCAGAUGAUACGUAACCUCGUAUACCUAUAUUAGUAUUUACCUUCCUAUGUACUAGAUGAUAGUCUGAAACUAUAUUCAUUCCUACACAAUCACCUCCUUAAAUAAUUCUUUUAUAGAGCUAGUAUUACAAACAGGUAACGAAGUAACGAUUUUCAUAGUGAAAUAUUGAUACACUUAUAGUUGCCUUCGUAUGCCUCAUCGACAGU